GGUAUUGGCGGCAGACGGUUUGAUGAAUCGUGAACGGAAGAAGAGUCAGUUCGAUUUUUGGCAGGCCAAAUUGUUUGUUUAUAGUUUACACAAACCCGAGGAGACAGGUGGUUCGGGAAAACUGAAACCUCAGCGACCAACCUGUCAUAACUUUUUAUAAGCGUCGUUUUACAAGACAGUGCAAUUCAUAGGAGCUGUGUACCAGCUUGUACUAAGAAGUUACCAUGUCACACUUAUGCACGAACUGGUUGCAGGCGGCUAGUUAAUUGCCUAUCUAAACCAAAGUGGCGUCCAGCAAAGUUUAUAAAUUGCAUUUUAGCUUAUGCGUUGGUGAUCAGGUGGUGAUGAAAGGUUUGUGAACAUUAAAAAAGAAAAUUACUUAAAAACAGUUUCGAGGGCCAUUCUACAUUAUAGGCCUACAACUGCCUUUCUAAAGUGUACCGUAAAAUGAGAUGGUGAUAUAUUACCUCAAAAGGGUAAUGGCAUGACAGCAGCAAGCUAAGGAUUGCAACUUACAAGUUGUCGAACUUCUCCCCUUGAGAACCUUUGCGUCAAACUGGGGUCUGGCACGACGACUGCCAAAUGACGUUCAUCCGAUGCGGUUUUGAAAGUUCAUCAUGUUUCCAACUAAAGAAAACGGGGGGAGGAAGGAUUCUCGAAAUAUUUCGUAAUGAACAGCCUUCUAAGCCGUCUAGGAAGUGGCACUGGCAGCGUCUUUUGCAUGAUAAUAAACUAUAGGCUUCCGGAAUUUCAGUGGAGGAUGAUUACGUCGCAUUUAUUAGGAUGGGAGUGAUGUCCAGUAAAUUAGCCUCUCACAAGACCAAAUCUAAAAAGAUCCAUAAGUGAAGGUCAUCUUCAAGGGAAAACUAAAUGGUUCCUCGGAGCAGCUCUCAAACCCCCAUCAAAAGAGGGCGUGAGAGGAGGCGACGGCUCAAGAGGUCAUUGAGUCAGUUGUAAAAGGCGUAUAUAGUCGACUUGUCUUUCAAAGAAGAAAAUGACGAAGCCUGGCGUGAAUGACGACGGGAGGUAUAAACUGUCAUCAAUAAUGAAUUUUGAAGGCUGAUCAGACCCUGACAGACGCUUCCCCCAAAAAAACGGCGCCACCAGGAAGACCAAUUUUUGGCGAUCUUUUCCUCGUAGAUGCGCAUCGCCCGCAUUCAUUCACACGGUCAGCGCUAGUCACGAACUUUCCUUGAAGGCGAGUUCAUCCCAACAUCUCCGCCGCUGGAGCAAAAAGCAUCACCCAAGGAGGAAGUUUAGGAGGAAACUGGGCGCCUUAAUGUAAAGGAAACUGAGGCGAUUCAGGCAAACAGCAGUAGGAGUCCGUCGUCUCUCAGCCCAGGAUCGUUCCCUGUGCUGUAGGUGGGUGUGAGAGCUCUGGCUGCCGCUUGCUUGGGAUAGGUGACUGGAGACAAGUUCAGGAAGCGACGAACGACGGCGUAGCAGUAUGGAGGCGGGAGGUGACCAAACUCUCAUCGACCUGACUUCCUUGGGAUGGGAAACGGCGACCCAGGUCAAGCGGGAGAAGACGGAGGAGAUGGACGAAGAGAUGGAACUGGAUGUGGAGGUCAAAGGCGUCGUCAAACAUGAGAUGAGGGAACCCUCCCAGGACACUUCCUUAUCUUGUCAGGUCUCGAGUUCGGCCUGCCAAGACUCCGACUCCGACGCAGAGGAUAACAAAAGAUGCGGAGUUUGUAACCGCGUCGCCAGGUGCAACCAUUUUGGGGCGAUCUGCUGUGACUCCUGCAAAGCCUUCUUUCGACGGAGCGUUCAGAGUCGGGUUUUCGACACGUUUUUCUGCCUGAAGGAAGGAAAAUGCGACGUCAACCAGAACAGGAAAUCCUGUCAAGCUUGCAGAUUUAAACGGUGUCAGAACAUUGGCAUGGAUACAUCUCUCGUGAUGAAUGAGCAGGAGAGGAAGGCCCUUAUGUCACGGAAACUCGAGAGAAGAAGAAAAAUGGCCAUAGAGCAUAAGCGUCGUGGUGCUCAGAGAUAUCUGAGCGGAAGACCUGAUCGUCUGCGACACGGUCUAAAUCCACACGGAAAUCUACAGCCCCACAGAAGUCCAUCUUACAAAGAUCAUGGCAAUGACGUUCAUCAUGCUUUAGAAUUUCUAUCUAUGGAAGACCAAGAGAAAAUAUCAGGACUUCGCAAACUACUUUUGCGAGCUCUCUCGUUGCCAGAAUUCCCGCAGCACUACUACGAGAAGAAUGCUGAUGUGCUUGAGCAUCUCUUCUUCGUCUUUUGCAAAAGCAUGGGGAAGUUUUUGGGUUCAGCCCCCGAACUCCGCGAACUGCAGAUCAACGAUCAGAGAAUUUUGCUGAAACCAGCAGUAGCGAGGGCUGCUUUCAUUUUUGGGACUCAUCAGUAUGACAGUGAAAGAGAAUGGUGGCCGAGAAGACAGUUUACACAUUCCUGCACAUUCCCAAAGAUAAUGCUUUCAUCUGUAGAAAAAUUCGUUGAUGAUGACACAACCAUGUGCAAAUGGAGGUUUUUCUUUCAGAAAUACUACUACUUAUACAGUGAUGAGAUAUUCAUGAUAUUAAGCCUUAUGGUGGCCCUUUUUGACCACGAAGACCCAAAUUUAGUUGGCACACUGGAAAUAGCCAGCAGAAAGAGGAAAUAUAUUCAUUUAUUAGAAAGGUAUAUGCAGCAGUACCAAGCACGCAUCCCUAUCACAAAUGCAAUGUCACACUUCUUGGAGUCUCUGGUAGAUCUGCAAGAAUUAGGGGAAUGUUUCCAAAAGCCCAGUGCUGGAGAGAACUUGGGAUCUACCACAAGGCAGAAAGAAUCAUUCAAGUUCUCGAGUUCUCUUGGUGACGGUGUGAAUCUUCCUCUGAAGAAAGCAUUGAACAAAAGAACGGCCUCCUUUUCUAAAGAAAGUGAGAGUGAUGAAGUCAUUAUUCUAGAUGAUGAUGAUGAUGAUGAUGCAGAUCUGAACUCACUAUCUGAGACAAAGCCUUGCAUCCCAAAUCAAAUCUUGAACUACCCAGUAAAGCAAGAGUAUGGGUACCCUGAAGUACAACAGUCAUCAUCUAACCAUGGAGUAAGUUCCUUAGGACUUAUUGCCGAUGAUAAGAUGCAUGAACUAGCAUUUAUGUGGCCUGACCCAGUAUCAUCUUCACAGAAACCUUUGAUACCCCAAUUCAUGCCACAGAACAGACUUUCUGAGCCACAAGGUGACCAGAACUACUCUAAACAAAAAGCAGAUCUAUUCCAAGAGAAGUUCCAGAGCAGAUCCGAGAACGACAGUGACGGUCACCUUUCCGAUCAAGUGACAUUGCAACCUUUGCCAAGAGGUACGUUAAAUGGUGACUUUAAAUCCCACCAGUCUUCUGGAGAAGAACUUUUCAAAGUUUUAUACAAAUCACUCCCUCCAAACCUUGCGGAACUUUGGGCGAAGAAGAUCUGUUGGACAACGAAAGAGCAUGUCUGAGGUCACUGGAAUUACUCUCCAUUUCUCUACUCUUUUCUGUCUUUAGUUUUAGUCAAGCAUUCGUCAUAAAAGCUGGAAAUAUAAAAGUUUAAACAAAAUGAGAUUGUUUUACUGUAAACAGAA